AUGAAGAGGUAUCUUUUAACAGUCCCAAAGAUUCUUCAAUCAAACUCAACAGAAUCUGCCUGUCUCUCCUUCCUCAAUGUCAACAGUUCAGGCAGUGCUGUUCUCACAAUCACAAAGCAGGGCUCAGAUGACAUCUUGGCUGGCCUGAGGCAUCGUUUUAAAAAUGGUGCCAGUGAGUGCCUGGAGCUGUUCAUCCCUCCUGUUUCGAAGUCUACUGCAUUGUUCAGCCUCAAAUUGGAGUUUGAUGAUCUGCCCGACUACAAAGUUAACAACAGCAAUCAAGUGGAGAUUGGUAGUAGUCCUGCCAUUACAUUUAUCCAGACAGACAAGCCUCUGUAUCAGCCAGGACAGAAAGUUCAAUUUCGCAUCUUGACUGUCGACUCUUCCCUACAUGCUCUGGAUGAUCAGGUAAGGGAAGUUUGGGUGGAGGAUCCAUCAGGGAUUCGAGUUGCACAGUGGAAUCAGCUUGAAACAAAGUCUGGCUUUGUUCAGUUGGAGUUCCAGCUCUCUGCAGAGCCUCCCUUGGGGGCGUGGAAGAUCAAAGCAGAGAUGAAGCAUGGACAGCCUGAAGAGGUGAAGCAUUUUGAAGUAGCCGAAUAUGUCCUGCCCAAGUUCUCAGUCACUGUCAUACCUCCUAAGGUAUUCCUUGGCAAUAUGGAGAAUCUCAAUUUGGAGAUUUGUGCCAGGUACACACAUGGUCAGCCAGUGAAGGGUGAUCUCUUGUUGAGAGUUGAACCCAAGAUUUACAUGAGCUAUUUCAAAUACCAAGACCCAUCUUUGUUUGAAGAGUUGCAGGGAAAUCCUGAUAAGUAUACAUCUAUCAUUCAAGUGCCGAUUAAAGGCUGCCACAAGGAAAGCAUAGCAGCUUCGAUCUUGGGACUCGAUGAUGGAGUGCUGAAGCCAUCUGAACUGAAUGUGACUGCAACUGUGACAGAAGAAGGGACAGGGACAGCCUUCUCUGAGUCAAAGAUGGUCCAAGUGGAAAGGCAUCCAUUGAAGCUCGACUUCCAGGCUUCAUCUCAGUAUUACAAACCUGGCUUUGUUUACAAUGGUCUGUUGGAGGUGAAGGAAGCAGCUGGUCUGCCUGCUGUAGGCCAGCAAAUACAGAUCUGUAGGGGGUAUGGGGAAGAACGCAGGUGUCGAAACUACACAUCAGAUGAGCAUGGUCACGUCCUCUUCCAGAUUCCCCCUCUCGCAACAAAUUCAUCAUCCAUCCAAAUCCAGGCUUCUUCCCCCUCACUGGAGGAAGAUUUCCCAAAGAACCAACGCUGGGAGAAGCAGCUUCAGCAGGCAGUUGCCCAUUACAAUGUGAUGGGUUGGUAUUCACCUUCCAAAAGCUAUCUGAAAGUAGUACCUCAAGACAACCAUGGGCAGAUGUUACUUGCUUGUGGAGGUUCACUAAACUUGGAUGUACUGUAUACUACUGAACCUGACACCAAGCAACACAUCCAUUACCAGGUGAUAUCCAGAGGGAAGAUUGUAAAAUGGGACAGCAUCCACCACGACUCCAAGGCAGAAAGCUUCCCUGAGAAGGUUGAUGCAUCCCUCCUCCUGUAUAAGCCCAUGGAGGAUGUCCCCUUGCCCAGAUACAUCACAAAGGCAACUGUGAGCUUUGAGAUCUUGCCCAACAUGGCACCCAAGAGUCAGCUGGUUGUCUACUAUGUGAGGCCGGAUGGGGAGGUGGUGGCUGAUUACCUUACUUUCCUGGUGGACCAGUGCCUUCCCAACAAGGUGGAUCUGAAAUGGACUGAUCAGGAGGUUGGGCCUGGGUCCACAGUGGGGUUGAAGGUGAAGGCUGAGCCAGAUUCCCUGUGUGGGCUGAGAGUAGUUGACAAAAGUGUUGAACUUCUCAGACCUGGAGAGCAACUCAAUGUUCAAAAAGUCUUCCAGGCCCUUGAGCCUUUCCAAAUCACAGAAUACCAACCACCUGUGCAGAGCAACCGGAUUGAAUAUUGCCUGGAUAAAAAUGAUGAUAACCCCAGUUUUCCAGUUCCGAUGCCAGCUGUUCCUGAUCUAGGAGCCCCUGUGCAACAGCAGGAAUUGGCUGAGAGGAAAAAGAGGUCAUUCUUUGGUCGUCCCAUCUACCAUGCGUCUCAUGCUGAUGCCAUCCUCGCCUUUGAUAAAGCAGGGCUGUUGGUCCUCUCGGAUCUGACCCUGGAGACGCGUCCGUGCCUGCCCACCGAUAUCAUUCACACUCGCAGUCACAUGUUCCUUCCUGGACUUCCAGGAAUAGUUGGGCAACCCGAACAAGCCUACUUCAUGUUGGACUCGGUGGCCUUGCCAUAUCAGAGUGAAUCCUUCGAACUGAACUCACCUGAGCCUGUUCUACGAGAGUAUUUUCCUGAAACCUGGCUUUGGUCCCUGGAGACAAUCCACGUGGAGCUGAAGGAGUCUGAGUCCUUCAAGUUAGAAGGUGAAAAGGAGAAAACCCUAUGCCUUGAUGAGCAAGGGAAGGAGGUUGUGACUUUUGACCUUACCUUUCUGGAUCUUGGAGAGGUCAACAUUACCAUUGUUGCAAGAAUUGACCCCAACUACCCUGUUGCUUGUGGGCCAGAUGUUGUUCUUGCUGUCAGUGAUGCUAUUGUGAAGCCAGUUCGUGUUGAGCCAGAAGGGUUCCCUGUAGAUGUUACCAAGAAUUGGUUCCUUUGUGCUGAUGAUUUUGGUGAAGAGGAUGAGGUGACUCUGUCUCACUCAUUGAGCCUUCCCAAGGAUGUGGUACCUGAUUCGGCACGUGCCUGGGUCACUGCCUCUGGGGACUUACUAGGGCCCUCUCUUCAGGGAUUGAAGAAGCUGGUGCGGGUGCCAACUGGAUGCGGCGAGCAGAACAUGAUAACUCUUGCUCCCAACAUCUUUGUGCUACAAUAUCUGGAAUCCACUGGACAGCUCAAGGCAGAACUUAAAACUGAACUCGUUCAAAACAUGGAGACAGGAUAUCAGAGGGAGUUGAAGUACAAGCAUAGGGAUGGAUCUUUCAGUGCAUUUGGAGAGAGUGAUGGGGACGGUUCCAUGUGGUUGACAGCCUUUGUAGUGAAAUGCUUUGGACAGUCUCUUCCUUUCAUCACUGUUGAUCGGGAUCAGUGGCGUGAAAGUGUCCGCUGGAUCACUCGGCAGCAGCUCGAAAAUGGGUGCUUCCCAUCUAUCGGACGAGUCAUCCAUAAUGACCUUCAGGGUGGACUGGAGGGAGAAGACUCGGGAACCACCACUGCCCUGUCGGCUUUUGUGCUCGUAUCCCUCAUGGAGUCUGGGGUGACACUGGCCCCCUCAUUCAAGGAGAAUGCAGUCUUCUGCCUCAAGGCCAACACAAACCCUUCCACAUAUGCUCUGGCAGUUUCCACCUAUGCCUUCCUCCUGGCUGGGGAGAAGGACCUGGGUGCAGCAUCCAUGGAUAGGCUCCUUCAGAGGGCUAAGGAAAAGGAUGGCCUUCUCUGGUGGGAAGCAUCAAGUAAAGGUGCAUCAGAUGCAGUGGACAUAGAGACUACAGCAUAUGGAAUCUUGUCACUGGUAACGCUGAAUCGUGUUGGGGACUCAGCCCGAGCUCUCUCCGCAGUCCGAUGGAUUGCCUCCAAAAGGAACUCCAAUGGAGGUUUCACCUCAACACAGGACACAGUGAUGGCACUGCAAGCACUGGCUCGUUAUUCAGCUCAUGUGGGAUUGGGGACAGUGAACAUGGACGUUCUCCUCUCUAAUUCAUCUGGGUGGGAACAUGCCUUCUCCCUCUCCAACAGUAAUCGUCUCGUCCAGCAGAUGAUCUCUAUCCCAACUCUUCCCUCCGAGAUCACAAUAAACGCAGCUGGGGAUGGAUGUGCACUUGUGCAGGCUGGAUGCCAGAUCAGCAAAAAUUCAAGGCAUGGGAUGUUCAUGGGAAUGGUGAGUGAUAUGAUUCAGAGAAGCCAUGAAAUGGUGAAGCGCUGGGAGGUGGCUGAGGAGACUGGAGAGUUGAGCAUCUACUUAGACUAUUUGGACCAGGAUGGUAUCUGCCUUGCAAUUCCUUUGGCCCAGAAGCUGCCAGUGAAAAAUCCCAAGCCUGCCCUCAUCAAGCUCCAUGAUUACUAUGCCCCAGAGAUACAGGACACACAGUUGUACAGCAUUGAGGAGUGCGUGGAGAAAUCAGAAUCUCACCAGCUGGGGUUGGAUGAGGGGACGAUUCCCAAACUGGCAUUUUCACCUGAAGACUGCAGUCAGGGCGAGACCUUUGAUCCUGACAUGGGACGAUGUCGUGAUGCAAAGAAGCAGAAGGAGGAAGAAAGGAUCUUCUCGCCUGGAGAACUGGAAGAAUUCAAGCCCGAUGUCCUGGCGUUGCCCUGGGCAGAACGCCACGACCACUCGAAUUUCCACGACGUCGACCACGACCACUCGAAUUUCCACGACGUCGACCACGACCUCGAAUUCCCAUCCGGCCUGGAGACCCAGCCCACGAUCAGAGGCAAUGCCAGCGUGUCCAUCAUGCGAGACCCUGAACCGUGUGGAAGAAAUGGACGACAGAUUCUGUUCUGCGGGAAAGGUCUACCGAGCAUCUCAGCGGUCAAAAGGCGUCCUCAAGUUGACUGCCGAGGUGGGGAGAGUCUUUUUCGGAUCGUCGAAGAAGCGGAUCGGUCAGGUCAUCUCCGUACAAGUACCAAAGCACUGCGAGUGCCCAUCCUUCAGGACAGAUUGAAAAGCGAAUCCCAGUGGGAAGUGGGCAAAUACGAAGAGCAAAUCAGAAUAUUUCCGGCCUCUAAAUUUCCGUAUACCGAUCUGGGUGGAAGAGGCCACUGGGUCCUCUGGUCCGCUCUGGUCCACUGGGUCCACUGGGUCCUCCCAAUUGCAAGCAGAAACUUGCAUGUCAUGCUGACGCAGAACUUGGAUUGCAGAAGACCGUGUAUGCCCGAGUGUGAUGCGAAAGUUAAGUCUCUUCCAAAUCUAAAACGCCAAAAAAUUGAGGCUUUUCACGAGCUUUCUCGAGACGAAACGUGCCAUAACGUCCCCCUCGGUCGCUCCAUCGACAGGGACGAACCUGCUGCUGCUGCUGGAGAGCGAGGAGCCUCUGACCGGGAAGGACUCCGUGGAGCUGGGCGGCGGGGACGCUCUGUACGGGAUGAAGGGCAAUCUCAAGGACUUCAUCACGGAGGCGCGACGACGCUGCUCUUAGGGAUGCCGGAUGCCCUGUUCGUGAUGCCGGAUGCCCUACUCGUGAUGCCGGAUGCCCUGUUCCUCUAG